AUGUCAAGAGGCCUUCUCCCUGUCCCGGCCAUCAAUAAGCGGCGAGGCAAGACCGUACCAAUAGGUGACACCCCCCGACGCAGCCGCCGCCUUGCUGGUGCGAAGUCUGAAUUUGGACUCAACGACCUAGAAAGGAGAUCGAAGAAGAAGGCAAUGAGGACUCUUGAACUCAUUGAGGAGCAUGAAGGUAUAGAUCAACAGGCCCUGGAUGAAUAUGCGAAAUUGUUUGAGCAGCCCCUGCCAGAUGCUCAUCUCCAGGCUCUGGCAGCUCUUUUCCAUUGGUCUCUUCCUGAAAAUCUGGAUGACGGAGAGGGUGCUGUGCUGCUGUCUUAA